UAGCGUCUGUAACAAUAACAAAAGCCGAGAGUGCGAUCGCGUGUAAUGUGACAUCUCGUCAGAACGUUUUGUGAAUUCAGUGAACUGGCUGGAUGCGGAUUAUAGUUUACGACGUCGUUAAAGUUGACGAAAGACGGGCGGAAGAAUCGAGACGAGAUAACGGCGGAGGGUGCGAAAAAACGAAAGAGGGUUUUACGUUGCAAUCGCGAUGUCGGACGGCGACGAAUCGCCGGAGGAAAAACCGUUUGCGGUCGAACGUGCGAAAACCGGACGAGCUAAAUGCAAGAAGUGCAAAUGUCCGAUCGAGCAGGGUGUCGUCAGGGUCGCGAAAUUGAUGUCGAACCCGUUCGGCGAUGGGAAAAUGAAGGCGUGGCAUCACUUGACCUGCAUCUUUGAAGUUUUCGCCAAGCAGAGGCCGAGCACUAAACGCAUCGACGAUCUCGACGACGACGUGGCUGGAUGGCAGGAACUCGACGACGAGGGGAAGGAACUCGUCCAGGGAAAACUCGAGGAAUUCAACGAUUCGGCCCCUGUCAAGAACGCGAAUAAGAAAAUAUCACCAGGGAAGAAAAAUACUGAGAAAAGAGAUUCUUCGGCGAAAAAUGAUUCGCGCAACGAUAAUUCGUCCAACAAGGGAAAAACAUCCGUCGGUGGAUCGAAAUCCAGCGUUGAGCCGAUUCCGGCGACGUCGAAAGCCUCGCCGAAGAAGGAAACGCCCGUUGGAAAAUGCAGGGAUGAUGCUUUCAGGGAAUUUAGAAGACUCUGCGCAUCCGUGGCGAACGCCAAUGCGUACACGAGUAAAACGGCCAUAGUCAGACAGAUGCUGACCAAGGGCUGCGAGGGCGACGGUUUCAAAGGCGACGUCACGCUUUGGUGCAAAAUGCUGCUACCCGGGGUCACUAAGCGAGUUUACAACCUUCAGAGCAAACAGCUGGUCAAGCUAUUUAGCCGCAUGUUCAACAAGGACGAGGAUGAGAUGUUGGAACACCUUGAGCAGGGCGAUGUCGCCGAGACUAUACACGCGGCGUUCGAGAAUAGUUCGCUUCUUCAACCCAGCGCCCAGAGCCACCUCACGAUACGGGAGGUUGACCAAUUUCUUGACAAACUCUCACUGCUGACCAAGGAGGACGAACAAAUCCAACAUUUCAAGUCCAUUGUUACCAGAUGCACUGCGAAUGACUUGAAGAUGAUCAUCAGACUGGUGAAACAUGACUUGAGAAUUACAGCCGGUCCGAAACACAUCUUAGACGCCAUCCACGAAGACGCGUAUGCUGCGUUCCAAUCAUCGCGUGAUCUCGAGACAGUUGUCUCCAGAUUCGUCGAGGAUUCACCCUUGUUUUCAAGCUCAAAAAAAUCGGCUGGCAAUCGUGAGACUGAUCCGAAGAGAACUUCUACCGGUAGCAAAGUUGGUCUGACUUUGAUGACGCCGGUUUUACCGAUGCUGGCCGAGGCGUGCAAGUCUGUAGAAAUGGCGAUGAGGAAAUGUCCGGACGGGAUGCUCUCGGAGAUCAAAUACGACGGUGAACGUGUUCAAGUCCACAAGCAGGGUAACCAGUUCCGGUACUUCAGUCGCUCCUUGAAACCCGUCAUGCCGCACAAGGUGAACCACUUCCACGAUUUUAUAUCGAAAGCAUUUCCAGGAGGUGAUGAUCUCAUACUAGACACCGAAGUCCUCAUGAUUGACACAAACACCGGAAAACCGUUACCCUUCGGAUCUCUUGGUGUUCACAAAAAAGCUCAAUUCAAGGACGCCAACGUUUGUUUGUUCGUGUUCGAUUGUUUGUACUACAAUGGCGAAACAUUGAUGGAUAAAUCGAUGCAAAAACGGCGGUCAAUUCUGAAAGAAAAAAUGGUUGUUAUACCAAAUCGAAUAAUGUUAUCAGAAGUCGAGGAAGUUCAGGAUCCGAAAGACUUGGCUCACAUGAUUGCGAAAGUUAUAAAAAUGGGUCUGGAAGGACUUGUUCUGAAGGAUGUAACGGGAAAAUACGAGCCAGGAAAACGACACUGGCUAAAGGUAAAGAAGGACUAUUUGCUCGAUGGUGCGAUGGCCGAUAGUGCAGAUUUGGUUGUUCUCGGCGCAUGGUACGGCACCGGGAAAAAAGGUGGCAUGAUGUCGGUGUUCUUGAUGGGCUGUUUCGACGAGGACCGAAAUCGUUGGCUCACAGUCACUAAGGUUCACACGGGUCACGAUGACGUUACUCUCGAGCGACUCCAGGGUGAAUUGAAGAUGGGAAAAAUCGGCAAAGACGUGAAUCUGCUGCCGAGUUGGCUCCACGCGAACAAGGCAAUGGUCCCGGACUUUGUGGCUAAGGACCCGAAGAAACAGCCCGUCUGGGAAAUAACCGGGGCAGAAUUCACGAACCAAGGAGUUCACACGGCUGACGGAAUCAGCAUUCGAUUUCCUCGAGUAACCCGCAUCCGGGAUGACAAGGAUUGGAAGACCGCGACGUCGCUGAAAGAAUUGCGGACUCUCUUCGCGAGAAGUUCCGAUUCCGUCGACGUCAGUCUACUGCUGGGAAAUCAGACCACGAGCACUUCGACCGUUCAGCGAUCCCUGGAUUCGAUGCUGAAACCGAAGGCGGAAAAAUCGGAGAUUGAAAACGACGGUAAUUCCGGCAACAAUCAGGAGGAACUAGAUGAAAAAUCCGAGACGGAGAAAUGCGAUGAAAAAAACCCCUCGUUGUUAUCUCGGAACGGAAUUGCUCGGGGCAAUGGAAGCGAAGUGAAACUCGAAGGCGAUGUUAAAACGACCACCGAAAUCAAGGAAGAACCUAAGAGCCACGGCGAAGACGCUCAUCCGUCGACUCGUCGUGGUGCAAAGCGGAAAAGCGACGUCCUAAUCGAUGUCAAAAUGAAGAAGGAACCCGAUUUUUCAACAACGUCGACCUCUUCUGAAGGGGAUGGAUCAUCCAAGAGGAAGAGGUUACCUCGGGAUCUCGAUGAAUCGGACUACACUGAUCACACGACCAACAAAGCGUUCAAAACUGUCCGAGUUUUACUGGCGCGGGACGUAAAGAAGGACAGGCGAAAAGCUCUUCGAAACAUUCUGAAAACACUCGGAGCCAAGGUGCUGGAAGAGGAAGAUCAACACUUGGCCACGCAUGUUAUUCAUUCCAAGGCGGAAGUUCCAACGACGAUAAUUCAAGAGGAGAGCAAAGUUCCCCCGACUGCCCGUCACGUGACUGAGGGAUGGAUCGAGGCCUCUCGUUCAAAUAUUGAACUAGUACCAGACCCCGAACCCUUUGCCGUGGCUUUGACGGGAGUUUACUGUUCUUGCCCCUGCCCACAUCGGUCUAACGAAUCGGAGUAACGAAUAACCGAGCAAUUACUCGGCCGAAAAUCAUUGGAAAACAUAAUUCAAUUGUACAAUAUUUAACGAACUAAUUGUUCCCGUCUUUCACACCAAACCAAAUCGAUCAACGUCAUCGAAUUCUUGAGAUUACAAACGAUCGAAAGAGUGUAGAAAAUUUUAAUGAAAAUCAUAACAGAACCGACGAGAUGUUUGAUUUGUACGGAGAUAAAAAAAAAAAAAGAAAUUGUAGAACGAUAAAAUCGGGAAAUUUUAUUGAAAAUUCUGCGGUAAUCAAUGAUCGGGAUACUGGACAACAUCGGGCAAAUACCGAGGCAAUUUUUCCAUCAAAUUAGACCCAAGUCUACGGUUCGAUCGUUGAUACGAGAUAUCAUUUCCAGAUUGCUGGGGGUGGCUGAGGUUGCGGAAAUUAGUUUUGAGCGCUUCCGAUGGCCCGUAAAUAUCGGGGAAAUUGCAGUCCUCCUCGUAAAGGGUAAAAAGAGAGAGAACACGUGUAAAGCGACACGUCGAGCAGAACAUUGACCGGUCAUGGCUGUAAUCCUUGCUCGGCAAUCCGGCACUUUGAUCACCGCGUAAACUCGGAUAAUAGAGAAGAGAAACUGACUGACAAGAGUCAAGAUUUAUUUUAGAUUUAAUAUUAUAAAGUAACAGCGAUAAUUUUUUUUUUUUCUUUUUUUCCAAUAACGUCUUUUACCUUUCUCUAAGUUUAGUAACAGGUAUUUAUCAUACUUACCGGUUAUCGUAAACCUCUUCGUCGAUCUACGGAAGAACAGAGGUUUUUAAAAUUUUUUAUCAUUCGCCCGACUCGCUGUCGGAUAUAGAUUUAUUUUUUUAAUCAUUCUCUUCUCGUGUCAAGUGGAUGAAAAAAUGACAACGUCACUCGGUCAGAUAAUUAUUAUCAAAUACCCGGAAUACCGUUUGUUAUAUUUAAUUAAAGAAUAAUCUAAUAGUAGGAACACUUCACGACUAAACGCAAUUGGUAAAUUGAAAAAAUCCUCUUACGUAUAUUCUCUCUCGGCAAAUAUGAUAUUAUAUAUAUAUUUAUUCUUCUUCUUCUUUUUUUUUUUUUGUAUACUCAAAUUUGGAUAAACCGGAAUUUGUAGAAUUAAUUUUCUCCGUCACGUUUCGCUUAUCGUCGUUAUUAUUCAUCUGGUACAUUAUACAUAUUCCUUGACAAAGAACUGUAAUGUUUCAUUACACUUCUGAAGCGUUUAACAUGUACUUAAAUAUAAGUAUGUUUUGUUAUAUAUAUAUAUUUAUAUAACAUAUAGUUGCUUUGUUGCGUACGCAGCUGAAAAUCCUAAUGCAAAACACUCCGAAUUCGUAAUUUUCGGAGAAACCAAUCAAUACCCCGUUUACAAGGAGAUCAACAAAGGGAAAUGUUUUUUCAAAAAUUGUAAACUAAAAAUAACGAAAUCGUAUGAAACUUUGAAACACGUGGAUCAUAUUUGAGGAAAGAAGACUGAAGAUAUUUGAUUCAAACGCAACGCAAAGCUGCCCAAUACGCUAGGCAAUGAAAAGCAAAUAAGUUGUCUUCGGAUUAUUAUUUAUAUAGUACGGAAAGUUGGGAAAGAUUAGUCGAUUAAAUCACUCGGCAUAUCGUUAUUGAUAUGUAUUUCCAUUUUAUGAUAUGCGUGUAUAAGAGAAAAAAGGUAGGAGGGGUGGAAAUCUACACCAGGAUCGGGAUUGAAUAAUAGCGGUUAUAAUUUUGCUGAUAUAUUGCAUCAAUGAAACGUAGCUACGACGAGUACCUACUACAAAGUUAUAAUUCGUUCAAUUCAACACCUUAACGAUAAUUAAUGAAGCUGCGAAAAGCAUGAAUUGGAUAUCAUAGCUCGUUUAAGUAAUUGAUACAGUGAAAUUUUAAUCAUAACCCGCGAUCGAUUUACGUCGACUGGAUUAAAAACGAAACAAAAAAAUUCCCGCAGACUCGCGGGCGUGAUUUUUUCUCUAUUAUCUUGUAUCGAGAAAAGAAGAAAAAAAGAAAAAUAACAAAGUAAACCGGGAUUAAGAUAUAAUCUGACAAUAACUGGCUGAUUAUUACUAAUUCAUAUAACACUCUACUGGACACCCAAUUUUCACAAUAUAUUGACAAUGUUUUGAAACACGAAAUAUCGUUUUAAAAUUCUUGAAUUUUGGAAUACUGUGCAAUUUCGCGGAAGGGAAACAAUACGGGUAACAGGUAUAAUUAACAAUAUAUUA